AUGGCAGUAGUGCAUGAAAGAGAACGUUGUUGUAGUUUUGGUGAAACGACCAAGAAGAAGACCAACAUGGCGUCCGUGAGCAGUGAUGAGUGGAGAGCUAUUUGCGACAAAUUCACCUACGCCCAAAACCUCACUGUUGUAGAAUCACGAAAUGACCCUGAGAAUGACCCGUUCCGCUCCAAAUACAAGGCCAGGGAGCUCCUCAGAGAGAUACACUGCUCGCUUAAGAGUUUCGAGGCCGGCGAAGGUGAAGCGGAAAGCGGCGAAGAGAGCGGCGACCAGCGGCCGAUAGAGCCGCCGGUGGACGGGCAGAUGGAGGACGUGUUCGGUCAGGGCUUCAGCGGCGACUCGCCUGCCGGGCAGCGGGCCGCUAAACUCGGGGCUGUGGAGUACUAUCUGGGCAUCAACCAUGUUGACACAGAAGAGCUGUCAGCCGGACAGGAGCAUUUGAUGAACUGCAUGAAACUGCUUGAGAAAUGCAGAGUGUCGUCGGAGAAUGUGUCGCUGUUUAUCCAUGUCAGGAACCAGUUGGGUAUCCUGUGGGCAGGCCGGGAUGAGACGGAGACAGCUCAGGGAUUUCUUGAAACAGCAGAAUCCAUCUACCAACGUUAUAAAAAGGAGGACGGGAGUCCACCCACUGAUAUGACAGAGUACUUCACUACUGAGGAGAAGCUGCUGACGCAUCAGGAAAGGACCAAGAGGUUUGAGUUGGCCUACACCCAUACCAUGUACUACCUUGCUCAAGUCUAUAAAAACCUUGGUGAAACUGAGCGUGCUGCUACCUACUGCCACAGCACCCUGCAGAGACAGUUGCAGUUAAAUCAGUACAGUCCAAUGGAGUGGGCUCUGAACGCUGCUACACUAUCACAGUAUUACAUCACUAAGGGACGAUACAUGGAAGGCAGGCAUUGUCUCUCAGCUGCUACUGUCAUAUCAGGUUUGGCAGGAGAGGUUCCUUCUGAGGCAGCAGCACAGGAGAGUGAGACAGAGAGGGAGCAUAGGGAGCAGCUGAUGCAGAAGAGGGCUGAGAUUGCGAGAUGUUGGAUCAAAUACUGUCUCAAUGUCCUGCAGGACUCUAAGAAGUUGCUAGAGGACAGCAUCGGGGAGCUGGAUACUGAUCGUCAAGAAGAGUUGAAAAGAGCGAGGAGACGUGAGGAGGAGGAGGAAGAGAAGGACAGGAAGAGCGCUCUGCUGUUUGGCUCUGAAGACACCUUCGACUCCAUUGCUAGCCUGGAAGAGAAGGUGCGCUGUUUGUUACCACUGGACUUUGCUGAGGCCAGAGCUGUAUUUCUGGUGGGACAGAAUUAUGUUACACAGGCCAAGGAGUACUUUCAGAUGGACGGCUAUGUGACCGACCACAUAGAGAUCUUGCAGGAUCACAGUGCUCUGUUCCGGGCCCUGGCUUUCUUUGAAGAGGAUCUGGAGCGGCGCUGCAAAAUGCACAAACGCAGGGUUGACAUGCUGGAGCCAAUCUGCAAUGACUUGAAUUCCCGGUACUACCUAAUGAUCCGCAGACAGAUGAUGUUUGAGUUGGCUGAGAUCUACAAUGAAAUGAUGGAUCUGAAACUAACACUGGCCAACAGACAAGCUGAUACACAGUCUCUAGAUAACCACACUAUUAAAAAAUUCAACCAUCUCUGCUCUGCCUCUGCCAAAUACUUCCAGAUGUUCCUAGACUCUCUGUGUUCUCCAGAAGGGAAGAUCCCAGAGCACCUGGAGGAGGAGGUGCUGAGACCGGCUCUGGUGGCCCGCUUCAGAUUGGCCCGACUCCACAGCCGGCUUAUCAGCUCUUCACCCUCUGUUCAGCUGGAAAACCUUGACAAGUCUUUGGAAAACUACAAAUACGUGGUGGAGUACUGUGAGGCCCACCCUGAGGCAAAAGCCGCUGUGGAGACGGAGCUGGAGCUGAGUACAGAGAUGGCCGGUCUGCUCCCUCUCAAAAUCAAUCGCCUCAAAGCUAAGAUGAAUGCAAACAACUGAAGGACGUCACUGCUUACUGAGUGACUUGUUGUUUGGCUGAAAGUGUUGAAUCAGUUGUUGAGUCAGUGUAAAUUCACCAUCUUUAUGUACACUCCCAACAAUUAGAGAAACUGGAUGGCAAAUGAAUGACUUUCUUUUUUGUACUGGUGAUGGCUUAAUUUUGGUGCAGUGGGCAUGCUGCUUCCAAAAGACCUUUGAACAUAUUACAACAUAUUACACGCUGUACAUAUGUGCCCUCCUCUGUGAAGUAAAAUGUGUAGUCAAUUUACUUUUAAUUCAAAUAGCACCGUAAAUAUACUCCCUUCAAAAUUAAUAUGACAAUGUCUUUCUCAUAGUACUAAUACAUAUAUGAGAAUAGUUGAUACAUUUCAACACUUUGAAGUGAAUGUGGGUUGACCCAGACCUGUUUUUACUCUUUACAUCAAUGAUUUCUUUCCACUGGUGGUGGAGUGAAGAAAUCUUUGUUGGUCCUUUGCACGAAAAAAUAAAAACUAGCUGCUUAGACUAAGGCAGUCCCAUUAACAUCCUUGUGGUGGAUAUAACACAUUUUUAUUUUAUUUUGUGUCAUUUUCUUUUCUUUUACAAUCCUAUGUGACCUUAGUCUGAUUCAUACUUUUUUUUUUACAUAUUUUACUUUUUUUUAUUGUUAAUCAUAUUGGUUUUCAUUUAAUGUGGCUUCAUUUUGUGUAAAGCCCUUUAGCUACUUUAAGUCUUUGAUGGUUAUUGUUGAGGCCUACUUUAACCAGGGUUAAUGUGGUAAUAAAAGGCUGCCAAUGGCUCAGAUCAGUCCUGCAGGAGUCCAGUUUAGCAAGUCUACCCAUGCUAAGCUCAGUACCAAAACCGACCCGUUAUCCUCAAUUAUCUCCAAGUCAAAUCCAGACCUGAUUUGACCCGUUUCUCUAAGUCACUGCAACAAAAUACAUAGGGACAUGGGUCAGGGGCAAUAGUUUUGUGAAAGGUACUCAAAUAUAAGAGACCAGAAAAAUAGUUACUUUAGAGAAAGACCAAAACUGAUGAGGGAGGUUCCCUUAGUGUUGUUUACAUUCAUCACAUUUGGGAGAGAUAACAUAUUUUUGUCACCCGCUGCCCAAGUUAAUUUUUAUCUGUGCCCGUGAAUUUAUAGUAAUAUAUUGUUUACCUGUUACACAGCUUUUUUGCAGGUUUUAUCUGUCGGGUACCCGACCUGGUGCAUGUUUCCAGUACACAUAGAGUUGACCCAGUUUGUACUAUUGACAGGUAGUUGUUGCGCCUUAAACUGAGAUUCUUACUCUGAAAAUCAUCAGAACAACUGCCUGAACUGUCAGAAACAACCGUUCCAGUGUCUUUAAGUGGACUUAAUGUUGGUUUGAGAUAUAAUAAUCUGCAUAUUGCCAGCUUCAUCCAGUUCCAAUUAGCGCAUUUUCUUCCUGUCUGAGGAGUCACAAUGUCAUCCUGUUUUAUGUACAGCAGAUACUCUAUGUAAUAAUAAACCAAUUAACUAAUACA